CUGGCAAUGCCUCCCAUUGCUCCGCCAAGCUCGGCCUCCAACUCGGCGGCUCUAGACCACCUCUAUCAUCAUCACCAGCCGCAGCCGUCACUACGCCAUCCACACAGUGCUGCCCAUUCUCCCAUCCAGAGCCAGGCUCCUCCACCACACCUUCAUCCUCAGCCUCACCACUACCCGUAUCACCAGCCGCCGCAUCUAGACCGAGAACAGCAGCUGCCUCCUCUGCAAGCUCCCUACGACACGCAUCUGCCGCCGCCGCCUCACUCACAGCAUGUCCAGCACAAUGCCUUGCCGCCACGGCCAGAUCCAUCCGAACCCAGCCACUCGAAUCAACAACAUUAUGUUGGCGAACACAAGGAUCAACCUCAGCGUCUCCUUGAUCAUCCGCAUAGACCUCAUGAAUUAUACACAAGCAUGCCGGCCAGCACCUUGAUUCAUUCCGAAGCGCAACAAAUGGGGACGGCGAACAUGCUGAUUCCCUUCUCAAAAGUAGACGAGGCGACAGGCCGCAGAUAUCACCUUGAUGUUGCCCAACAACCUCGACGAGCCCGCAUGUGCGGCUUUGGAGACAAAGACCGACGACCAAUAACACCACCUCCCUGUGUGCGGCUUGUCAUCACCGACAUAGCCACGGGAAAAGAGAUAGACAGCAAUGACAUUGAUUUUUCAAUGUUUGUGCUCAAUGUCGAUCUCUGGAGCGAAGACGGCACACGAGAAGUCAAUCUUGUUCGCUCGUCCACCAACAGCCCGUCAAUAUCCUCCACAGCACCAUAUGCAUAUAUCGGCGAGAGUCCCCAGUCAGCCUAUGGACAAAGCAGCCUUCCUCCGAGCCGGGACGCGGCUUACCCUCCGCCACAGAAUGGGGGCUACGCCUCGGAUUAUCAGCCGCAGCCGAACUACACACAAGCCUCUUCAACAUACCCCCCUGGCGGGUCAUAUGGCCCACCACAGCAGUAUUUCCCACAGCACCAGUCCCAGACUUUCCGCUCAGACGCAGGGGCACAGGCGAGCGUUACAUCUUUUAGAGGAUAUCUGCCAGAUUCGACCUCCUUGACGAGAAUGGCUGUGGUGGGUGGGCAGCCUCAGGGCAUGUUCACACGAAACCUCAUCGGAAGCUUAGCCGCAAGCGCUUUUCGAUUAGCUGAUACAGAGGAGCGUAUAGGCAUCUGGUUUGUCUUGCAAGAUCUCAGUGUCCGAACAGAAGGCCCAUUUCGCUUAAGAUUCUCUUUUGUCAACGUUGCCGCACGCGGGGGAAUGCCACAGAAUGGCUCAAGAGUAAACACUGGAAGGGCUCCCAUAUUGGCGUCCUGCUUCAGCGAGGUGUUUAAUGUUUAUUCUGCCAAGAAAUUUCCUGGGGUUUGCGAGAGUACGCCGUUGAGCAAGGCUUUUGCUGCGCAAGGAAUUAAAAUACCGAUCAGAAAAGAUGCGAAUCUCAAGGGAGGAGAUGGAGAAGACGACUACGGCGACUAG